CCAGCCAUGUCCAGCCUGGGGUUCCUGCUCCUGCUCUUGCUGCUGGCGCCACCACCGCUGUGGUCCUCCUCAUUGCCACCGCUGGACACCCCAGAGGGCAAAGCUACCAUCGCGGGCCUCAUCCUCUCAGCACUAGAGAGAGCCACCACCUACUUGAAGAAGAGGCUACCCGAAAUCAACCUGGAUGGCGUGGUGGGGUUCCGGGUGCUGGAAGAGCAGCUAAAUGGCAUUCAGGAGGAGUGGGCCCAGGACCCCCAGCUGCAGCCGCACAGCCUGCGCAUGGGGAAGCUGGCGCAGAAGCUGGCACCUCUCCUCCACAGAUCCAUUUUCUACCUCAAGCUGAGUGACCCCCAGUACCUAAGAGAGUUCCAGCCCACCAUCCAGCCCGGAUUUUGGAAGCUCCCACACGUCUGGACACACACCAACGCAUCCAUGGUGUAUCCCACGCUCGAACCCCAGGACUUCUCAGAGGAACAAAGUGACUUGUGCCUGGCACAGCUGUUGGGAACUAGCACGGACAGCAACCAGCCCUGCGGACUCUCCGAAUUCUGCAGGACCCUGAUGACCAAGCCUGGCUGCUCAGGCUACUACCUGUCCCACCAGCUGCUCUUCUUCCUUUUGGCCAGAAUGAAGGGAUGCACAAGCGGGCUGUUCCGCCAGAGCCAGCACUACAUGAACCUGUUCUGCACCAACAUGAUGGACCUGAACCAGAGAGCUGAAGCCAUCGGAUAUGCCUACCCGACCCGGGAUGUCUUCAUGGAGAACAUCAUGCUCUGUGGAAUCGGUGGCUUCUCCGACUUCUACAAGCUUCGGUGGCUGGAGGCCAUUCUCAGCUGGCAGAAGCCGCGGGAAGGAUGCUUUGGGAGGCCUGAUGCUGAAGAUGAGGAAUUAUCUAAAGUCAUUCAACACCAAGAGCAUUAUCUGAGAAGAGUAAAGAGGAGAGAAAAACAAUUUUCAGAUGGCUGCUCCUCCCACAACACAGCCAUGGCGGUGGCGGCCCUGGGCGGCUUCCUCUACGCCCUGGCACAGUACCCUCUGGCAAGCGGAAGGCUGCAGCAAGCCACAAGGGCACCACCAAAGGCCACUGAUAUGAUGGCUCCAUUCCUGCCGCUCCAGGAGGAUAAAAUCCAUGCCUUUCGCCCUUCCUUCCUGAAGUCCUGAGUCACACCCUGAGAAGGAGGUGGCUGAGAGCAGAGCACGCAGCUUUGUCCCCUUGGGGCACAGGGCCAGGGAGGGGGCUGGGAUGGGUCCAGGCUUAGCAGCAGAUGAAUAAAUUUAG